GAUGUGAUUUGAAUUUGUGAAUUUGAGGGCCAACAGUCUUGCCUGCUAGCUGCUCGGCUCACCACCAGUGAUGUGAACCAAGAGUGGCAAACAGUGGGAAGUACUUUGCGGUACUGCUACAGGAUUACGGGUUUUAUGUAUUUUUAUGUAUUUAUUUUUCGUUGUUUUCGGAAGAACGUGUCCUUUCUUCGUCGUCACUGUCCUGAGGAAAAGCAAAUGGCAAGAGAAAGAGACUGGUAACACAGGAAAAAAAGUGGCUCUUAGUCUCUGACUAGUUGGCCACCCCUGCUCUAACCAGUCGGCCACCGUGCUGCCGAUUCCCAAGACUCUUUGGAGAAUAUUGUCUGGACUGACGAGAUGAAGUGGAACUUUUUUGAAAGUGUGCGUCUCGUUACAUAUGACAUAAUCCUGAAGGAGAAUGUUUGUGCAUCAGUUCGUGACUUCAGGUUGAAGCACACUUGGAUUCUGGAGCAGGACAACAAUCCAAAACACACCAGCGAUUCAACUUCUGAAUGGGUUGUUUAAAAUAAAUAAAUAAAUAAAUUAAGGCUUUGAAGUGGCCAAGUCAAAGUUCAGAAUUGAAACUGAUUGAAAUGCUGAUGCAUGACCUUAAAGAGGGCGUUCAUGCUCAGGAAGAGAGAGAGAAAAUAUCUCCACCGAGAUGUGAGAGACUCAUUGCAAGUUAUUGAAAACGCUUGAUUUCAGUUGCUGCUGGUGAGGGUGGCCAAACCAGUUUAGGGGGCAAUUACUAUUUCACACAGGGCCAAGUAGCUUUGAAUAGUUGUUUUUCAUUCAUAAAUAAAAUCAUCUUUAAAAACAGCAUUUUAUGUUUACUUGGGUUAUAUUUGAUAUUUACAUUUGUUUGAUGGUCUUUAACAUUAAAGUGGAGAAACGAUGCAAAAAAAGAAUUUGAGAAGAGGGCAAAUACUUAUUCACAGCACCGCAGUUGCAAUACAUUUUCAGCUGCCCCCCCCCAUUAUUUACUCCUUUGUUGGGCUUUAUUUUACAUUGUAAGUCAAACAACAAAUCAGUCACCUACCCACCAAAUCAUAUCUUUAUUAUUCAAGAUCCCCACUGAUGUUCCCACUGUCCCAAAGAGGCACAGAAUGUGCAUGGAUGCAACAUUACUCAAAGGACAGGAAUGCAGCCAGAGUCAUAACGUCUGGCUAACUACACUGGCUCAGCUGCUGUGUACUUCACUGUUCCCAUUUUUAAGUCCUCAAAGCUACCAUCACUUUGUAUCCCCCUGCCUCGUCUCUAUACCUUACAGUGGAUACAAAAAGUCUACACACCCCUGUUCAACUGCCAGCUUUUUGUGAUGUAAAAAAGUGAGACUAAGUUAGAUAAUUUCAAAUCCUUUUCCAACUUGACGUGAGGUAUAACUUGUACAACCCAAUUGAAAAACAAACUGAAAUAUUUUAAGACCUGUACAACCUAAUCAUAAAGAGAAACUGAAAUGUUUGUAGGGGAAAAAUAAAAACAAAGAAAUUUACAAUAACCUGGUUGCAUAAACAUGCACACCUUCCAACUAAUACUUUGUUGCAACAUCUUUGGCUUUUAUUACAGCAUUGUCUUUUGGGGUCUAUGAGUGUGGCACAUCUUGAUGCGGCAAGAUUUUCAGAAACGCUCCAAAUUUGUUAGAUUGCGAAGGCAUCUCCUGUGCACAGCCUUCUUCAGAUCACUCCCCGGGUGUUCGAUCAUAAUUCAUUGUUUUCAAAACUUAGUAUUUAUUCACCCCUCCUUGAGCCGUCACCGUAUCGUGGUGGAGGGGUUUGUGUGUCCCAGUGAUCCUAGGAGCUAAGUUGUCUGGGGCUUUAUGCCCCUGGCAGGGUCACCCAUGGCAAACAGGUCCUAGAUGAGGGACCAGACAAAGCACAACUAAAAGACCUCCUAUGAUGAGUAAAUUGUUAGAAUCACAUUUUCCUUUGCCCUGACGCGGGCCACCGGGGCCACCCUCUGGACCCAGCCCUGGAGGUGGGGCUCGAAGGAGAGUGCCUGGUUCCCGGGUCCGCACCCAUGGGGCACAGCCCGAAAGGGUAAUGGGGGUCGUCCUUCCCAUGGGCUCACCAACGUGUGGGAGGGGCCAUAAGGGUCAGGUGCAGUGGGAGCUGGCUGGUGGCCGAGGGCAGGGACCUUCGUGGUCAGAUCCCCGGUUAUAGAAGCUGGCUCUGGGGACGUGACAGGGAAGGAGCCUGAGCUGGUGUGGGAGAUUGAAAGUGCUGGCUCAUCUCAUAUGUCAUUCGCUCCUCCGAUUGUUUGGAUGACGCUAAUGAAUCGUCUGCGCCUCGUGUCGACUUAUCUUAUCUCUUGUUCCUCCGAUUGUUUGGGAACAACUGCAUCUUUUUGUCCUUCAGCUGUGUCAACAAGGCCAGUGCUUGCUUUCCGGGCCGCUGAAUAACAGUAAAAAAUGUUGGCAGCUAAUAACUUAACCCCUUCUCUAUUUAGACAGAAAGUGUCUGCCUUGUAAAGAUGUCUGCGCUCCCAAAAAAUGCAGAAACCAGCUCGGUAAUCUGCUGGUGUUGUGUCCUCCCUUUUAUAUGUUGUCCCAUAUCUUUGGGCUUUGGUCCCAGUAAAUUCCAGGGAGAACUGCUGGAUGAUCCAUUACCGUUUCCACAGUCCACAUCCGUCCUCUUUGUUGAGCUAAGUGGCUGUCUAUUAGCACACUUCUGCUCACCAAUUUGAGACAUCGAUAGAUUGGUUUCAUUCCCCGACUGUCCAUUUACAUCCACAUACACUUCAAGCCGCUGGAUUUUCGUUUCCAGGAUUGACAUCCUCUGCAGCAGUCCAUGAUAGUCCUCAGUGGAAAAGGGGGGCAUCUUGACUGCUGGUGUUGUUGCUAAUAGCAGGCUUGUGCUAAUUAGCAGGCCACACUCACGUAAUGGUGAGAGGGUAUCAGAAAAUAUUGGAAUAUGGCAACAGAUGACUGCAUCUAAAAAAAAAAAAAGUACAGUCCCACAGGUUUAAAAAUACCCAGGAGUCGCUGCUUCUAUUUAUUUAUUUUUUGAAAGAAAAACAAGCUUAUCAACAAUAAAAAAUUUAAACAGAGGCGAAGCAAGCAGAUCGAGCAAAAAAGCGUCUAAUUAGACUACAGUUACUUCGUCAAUCAAACAAUAAUUACUUUGGCAUCAUCAAUGUCUCUCACCAAACAGUAAUUUGUAGCUGGUGAUUCAAACAAAGAGCAGUCCAAAUGUGCAUAAGCAUUUAACCGAGACCUUUAUUCCAAUGAAUAGAAGAAAGCGAUUGGGUAGUGAUUGUUUAUUACACAAUGCACAGUGACUGUGCAGUACCAUAAAAGUGCAAAGAAAUGCACGAUUUCACUGUCGCCACACUAUUUGUUAUUGUUCUGAGUAAAAAGUGUAUUUGAUUAUUAUGUUUUUAUUUAACCAUUAAGAAUACAGUUUUACUAGCGUGUUAAACGCGCAAUGGAUUGUGGGUUAAUUAUUCAUACCGAGUGCGCGUUCAUCAAUCGGUCAUGGAGGGUAAGGACUGACUCACUGAAGGACUGAACAAUACUUAGCUUAAAUAAUAUUUGCAAAGAAAAGUGAGAACUCUCAACUUCGUCUGUGAGCUGCUUGAACGCGCUGCACGGCUGAUGUCACGUAGUAAGAAAAAAAGUUUUCUCGCUCUUUGCAUCAAAAUUACUGUGGUGGGAGCAAUGGAGUGUGUGUGUGUGUGUGUGUGUAUGUGUGUGCGUAAAUGUGAAACACACACACAGUUGCUUUCAUGGACCACAAUCGGCAGUAUACUGAGAAUAGUGUGGUUGUUUACGUUUAGGAAUUUACUGUAUUGUGUCGGCAUGUCAAGUCUGCACUAAGUUGCUGAUUUAAUGUGGCUUCAACUACACUAAUAUUUAAGUUAUUGGUUCAUGUUGAAAACAUGAUUCUGUCACUUGUGUGGCGUACAUUACCAAGUAAUGCGUACAGUUAAAAUAAUGGGACUAAAGGUUGAUUUUGUUUGGAGGUAGCACCUUUUAUUCAUGUUAUGUUCAGUGACAGUUUUGUUAUUACAAACUGUAUUAAUUCCAGAGUAUUUCAUUUAUUUAUUUCAUUCAUCUUAAAUGGCCAAACAUUUGAAAUAUUUUAUUAAGAUGUAUUAAGGGCUGUGUUUAAAUUUCUAUUUUGAAUUUUGUCAGUCAUUUGAUUGUUCAUUUUGUUGAAGGGGCAAAAAAUAAUCAAUUAAAAUUGGAAUAAAAAAAAAAUAAUAGUGAUAGCUCCCAACCGAAGGUUGUGGGUUUGAGCCCUAGCCCUUGUGACCAUGUCGAAGUGUCCUCGAGCAAAAUACCAAACACCAAGUUGCUCCUGAUGCUGUGUCAUCAUUAGGUGAAUUAGGAGACAGUUUUAAAGUCCUUUGAGUACCUUUAAGGUUGAAAAGUAAAAGUCCAUUUACCAUUUAUUUUAAGGCCACAUCGCCCAGGCCUGGUGUUAUUGGGAAUGUGUGAAAAGAGAUGGGUGUUGGGGUUAUCACACAAAUUGGAUUAGGAAAUGGGUUUUUGGGUUUCACGUAGCUCUUAUAAACAAUGAACAAUGGCAAAGAGAACUGUCAGUGCUUGCUUUGUCCCCAGUAAACCCAGAGUGCCAGAGGAGACAAAUUUUGAUAACGGGUCCGACUCGAAAUGGUCGCGCCCCAAGAAAGGCAGGAAAUUCUGUUUUUGGGAUGAGUGGCUGCAUAUCACUGAUACAGUGAAAAUGAGAAUAAAUGUGAACAUUUAAUUUACAAGUCAAUUUAUAGUGUUGGCCCCUAAAACUGUAAGUUAGGGGCCACUGUGCUCCUAGUAACAAGUUAGUCUGGAGCCCUGGCCUAGAAGCGCCUAUUAUGUUCGCCAACUCGCUGCAGAGGUCCUCAAGUAUUUUGGGAUCAAAGUAUGUGGUAUAUUUCUGUUUAAACUCAUAUCCUGCCAACCAUUUCUGUACCGCAUAUCCCCAUUUAGGACAUGGGUGUGCUGGAGCCGAUCCCAGUUGACUUCAGGUGAGAGGCGGGGUACACCUGGGACUGGUUGCGAGCCAAUCAUAGACUAUUAAUAUAGGCAGUUAUGAAUAUUAUUAAGAGGGGCCUCAAUUACUCAUUACUUUUUAACUAUUCGCAGCAGUGCUCAGCCCCUAUCUCCACAAAAGGGUUUACUAUAAUACAGGAGUGUCAAACUCUUCUUUGCCGCAGGCCACAUUGUAGUUAUGGUUUCCUGGGCUGUUAUGACUGAAACCAUGUUUAAUCGCCUCAUCAUAGUAUGACAUAUACAAAACAUAUUGCUGGAUAACUAGUUUUGGAAUCACAAGUCAAGGAUAGUUUGUCCAGCUAUUGUUUCAAGUUGCUGUAAAAGGGAUUUGCUAACAAAAAAAAGGCUUGCAAUAUCUCAACGCUAAUAAUUUUAAAUUUUGCUACAGAUUUGAGCAAGAAUCAUGGAAGUUGACACAAGUUUCUUUCACGGAAUUCGCGGGCCACAUGUGGCGGGCCAGAUCUGGCCCCCGAGCCUAGAGUUUGACACCUGUGCUGUAAUGUAUUAACACAGUUUUGUCUCUCACUCCUCUCUUAUAAUUUAUUUUUCUUGCUAGGUUGUGUUGCAGCUGUUUCUGAUCAAGUGACCACUUUUCCGCAAUCAUCCGACUAUUAGAUGUGACCUCGAGGUUGAUCAGGACAAGCCACCAUGUCUUGAGUACAGAAGGGCCCUCUGGAGCCCUCUACCUUCACCCUGGACCACCUUCCCCCUCCCCUAUCCAUCACCUUAGCCCUUCUCCCAGCCCCACUCAACUCCAUGAUCUCCGUGGGCAUGUGAGGAACAGGCUUCCUUGCCCUGGACCCCCACUGGCCCACCCCUCUGGUUCUCCUAGAGAGAUGAGCCUGCCUAAGCACCAUCAGUUUGGUAGUGGUAGUGGCAGGGUAAUGGGCUCCGACAGGGAUCUGCAAUCCACUGCCUCCUCCAUUUCCCUGUCCUCUGUGAAGAAGGCUCCCAAGAAAAGGCGCCUAUCCCUGGCUUCUCUUUUUAGAUGGCGAGGACGGGAGGCCAAAUCAGUUCGCCGAAAGUCUCGAGAGCUGCAAAACCCUGGGCCAGGUGGGCUUACAGGAGUGGAUGGUAUUGCAAGCAUUGACAGCAUCCACUCCGAGAUGUGUUAUGAUAAGACCUCUGCCUUUUUCACUGUGGCUGGGACCGGGGCUCCCUCUGCUGCUUUUGUUGCUGCCUCCACCUCAUUUGCCUCGGGACCUUGUGUAUCUGCUACCACCCCCUCUCCUUCCAGGCUGAGGAGUAGAGUGGGGAUGGAGCUUUUGGAGUGCCCCCUGUGCCUUCUUCAACAUUCUAAGGAGUGUUUCCCUGACAUCAUGACUUGUCAUCACCGGUCUUGCAUUGACUGUCUACGGCAGUACCUGCGCAUUGAAAUCUCAGAGUCACGUGUCAACAUUAGCUGUCCUGAGUGCUCGGAGCGUUUCAACCCACAUGACAUCUGCAUGAUUCUUGGUGACCGGGGACUAAUGGAGAAAUAUGAAGAGUUCAUGCUCAGAAGGUGGUUGGUGGCUGACCCUGACUGUCGUUGGUGUCCGGCGCCCGAUUGCGGGUAUGCAGUUAUUGCCUUUGGUUGUGCGAGCUGCCCCAAAAUCACUUGUGGGAGGGAGAGUUGUGGUACCGAGUUCUGUUAUCUUUGUAAGCAGCUGUGGCACCCCAACCAAACCUGUGAUGCAGCACGACAGCAGAGAGCCCAAAGCCUUCGCCUGAGGACAGUUCGCUCAUCAUCCCUCAGCUCCAGCCAAGAGAGUGGAGUGACAGCUGAUGACAUCAAGCCAUGCCCACGCUGUGCUGCUUAUAUCAUCAAAAUGAAUGAUGGCAGCUGUAACCACAUGACCUGUGCUGUCUGCGGCUGUGAGUUCUGCUGGCUUUGUAUGAAAGAGAUCUCAGACUUGCAUUACUUGAGUCCGUCAGGCUGUACCUUUUGGGGGAAGAAGCCAUGGAGCAGAAAGAAGAAGAUUCUUUGGCAAUUGGGAACACUUGUUGGUGCCCCUCUUGGCAUUGCACUGAUCGCUGGCAUAGCUAUCCCUGCAAUGGUUAUUGGCAUCCCUGUAUAUGUGGGAAGAAAGAUUCACAAUCGUUAUGAAGGUAAAGAUAUCGCCAAAUACAAGAGGAAUCUCGUGAUUGCAGGUGGCGUGACACUGUCUGUCAUUGUGUCUCCUGUGGUUGCAGCAGUCACUGUUGGCGUUGGAGUUCCCAUUAUGCUUGCAUAUGUGUAUGGUGUGGUGCCCAUCUCGUUGUGCCGGAGUGGGGGCUGUGGUGUCUCUACAGGCAAUGGAAAAGGUGUUCGGAUAGAAUUUGAUGAUGAGAAUGAUAUGAAUGUCGCCACUGGGACAGUAGCCACUGAUUCAACAUUUGUGAUAGACACGAGAAACAAUCCCAGUGUCAGUGAAGGCAGUGUUGCUGGUCUGACAGGCAGUUUUAGCGCCAGUGGUAGCCAAAUGGACAGACUUGGGGCCCUCAGGGACAAUCUGAGUGAGACAGCAUCCACCACAGCCCUUGCUGGAGCCAGCAUCACUGGCAGCCUCUCUGGCAGCGCCAUGGUUCACUACCUAAGCAGGUUGGAAGUCCAAGCUGAUGUGCAAAAGGACCAUUGCAGUCUCAGCGGUGAAUCUGGUACUGUCAGCCUCGGAACAAUUGGCGACAAUGCAAGCACUAAAGCGAUGGCUGGAUCCAUUCUUAAUGCUUACAUUCCCCUUGACAGAGACGGGAACAGUAUGGAAGUUCAGGUGGACGUUGAAUCCAAACCUGCCAAACUGCGGAACCACAACGGCAGCAUGGACGACAGCAGCCACAUGGGCCGCUGUGGGUGGACCUGCCCCUCUAACGACUGUGGGACCUCGGAAGGCCGAGGAACAUACACCAAGUGCCCGUCAUCGACCAUCUCAGGAGGCAAAAAGUGCAAAGGCAAACUGCACAAGAAGGGAGACAGAGGCACAAAGAUCAACGAUAUGAGGGAGGACAUGGUUGCUCAGCUUUUGGAGCAGUAUAGCACCACCUCCUUGGAGUUUGACUCUCUUUCUCUGAGCGGCAGCCUGCCCUCCGUUUCAGACUCCCACUCCAGCCACUUCUCCGAGUUCAGCUGCUCAGAUCUGGAGUGCAUGAAAACGUCAUGUAGCCACUGCUCCGGCGGAGGCGACUCCCACACGCGCUUCGCCACCGUCAGCCCCUUACCCGAGGUGGAGAACGACCGGCCGGAGACCUGCCCCCCUUCAAGGACCACAUCCAAGGUUCCCCGGUCGCCUACCUCCUCCCCGGCUCACGUUGCAGAGCUAUCCGCUCUCAGCCUCAUCACAGAGGAAAAUGUCACUUUGGUGUGUCCAGCUGACCGGGACGCUCAGAAAUACACUGCACAGCUAAUAAAAGAAACCAACAGUAAUCCGCACCUACCACAACAUAGCACUCAAACCCAGCACAAGAACCCAUGUAUACAGACUGGCAUAUGAAAUAUCUACCACAAGUGCUUCAUACAGUAGACACUCAGUUUUGUCCAUCAUCAGUCUUAUCAAAAGUGUAGUUCAUGGAAAAAAACAAAAACCUUUGACUAUAAGGAGCCUUGCAUGUCAACUGGCUGCAAAUUGCUUUGUCAUCAUUGGUGGAAGGAGGUAGACCAUUUAUUUUGGUCUGUGGAGGUUUGAGAUGAAACCACUGUGCCAGUUUGGAUAACAUUUGUAGUCUGUGUGUGAGGUGGUGGUGCUUGGAGUUUUUCAGGUUUCUCUGGAGGCCGUGGUUGAGAAGAAAUGGAGUCAGUUUUACUUGGAUUGAUAAAAUUCCAUGGAGAAGAGUUUUGGAUUGUUUGGUCCUGCCUCACUCAGUAAGAAGAGAGUGUUUUAAUCUUUUUUUUCUUUUUUUUUCCCCCCCACUCAUGGUGCCUUUAAAAGCAGUUUGUGUUCUCUGAGUGUGUCUUUCGCGCUCUCUCCACUGUGUCUUAAGAACCCAAGAUAAUGACCCAUUCGAUACUGCAGAACGUAAUAACCAACAUACUGAGGCACGGGAAACAUGGUAAAUGAAGACGUGGCAAUUGCCUACCAAAGACAGCACUCAGGCUCUUGCUAAUCUAACAUCUUUGACUUCUCACCAGUAGACUCACGUUGGUGCAGGAUUUUUUUUUACUUUUUUUUUUUUUUUUACAGCAUUGUACUGCAUACUGCGAUUUCAUAAACGUUUUCCUGUAAUAUUGUUGAUCUGCAAGGUUCAGCGACAUACUGCAUACUGAGUUGUCUUCAGUGUUAAUUUUCCUUCACAGUUGUGUUGCUACACAGACUGGGGGUAAAAUGGUAUUUCUUACACAGCCGUUUCAGCUGUGCUUCUGCUCACUGGCUGUGUCAUUUAGGUGGAUGCAGUCGACAUUGUUUUGACCCAGGUCUGUUACUGAAUGAACACUUUUUCGUUCUGUUGGAUAAAGCUAUGUGCCACCUUUUUUUCUGUUUAUCACAAAAACUGGCCCUGACUUCACACUAGUGCCAGAUAAGAGUUGUGGAGCGUAUUCGAUUAGUCAUUUGCUUUAUUACGUGUGUAAAUGCAUAAAAUAAAAAAAUAAAAACUACGUUUGGUUCUA